GUGGAUGACAUCGUCAGGUUAGUUGGCCCCGAGUUCCGCAGCCAGACUCUGGGCACAGGGCCAAGUCCAGUGAGGGACGGAAGUUAUGAGACCGCCAUUCAGGUGCCCUUUAUUAAAAAGUCUGUCUCUACAAAGCAUAUUUUUUUAAAGCUUUUUUUUUAACCUCAUGUGAACCAAAGCGGACGUCUUAGGCUACUUUCUUUAGGUUUAGGUUUAUUUGAACAUCUUGGUACAUGCAGACACGUACAGAAAAUGUGAUGUCAUACAAUAUUGUGACGUCACGAGAGGCUACACAGCUUUCAGCGGGAUUGCUCAAGUAGUGCAAGGAGACAAGGUUCAAACAAAACAAGGAUUUUAUUAUAGGUCUUGGGAAAUUAACGAAAAUAUAACAAAAUUCUGUUCUCUUGUGGCUCUUUAAGGGUUAACAGUUCAGGGAUGUCUCUUCCACAUCCAAAAUCAUAAUUCUCACUCGCUCAGAUAACUUUUCCCCAGCCUUACUGUAGUCCACGUUGCAGCUAGUGGCCAACCCAGCAAAAAGUCCUUCCAAAUGUCUCUCACGUAUUUCCACAGGUGCAUAUAUCCAAAGGUGAGUAUUUCCCAAAGGUAAGUAUCUCCAAAUCCUUAUAUUCCUCAUGGAAGUGGACGUGCAGCACUCUUGUCCUCCAGAGAGCCCAGGUUGGAGACUGUGUUUCUUCACCCCCCACACACUCCCUCAGUGUGUCUCUUCCCUUCCAAAACCUUCAGCUCAUCAGCUCCUGAUUUGUUUCAGCUGCGUGGGAAGAUUGGCCAUAGAGGGGUGGAGUUCCCGACCAUACCAGCAGAUGGAGCCAUAGCUGUCUGGGUUUGCAGCCACCUCAGGGGGAUGUAACGUCCCUCCAGGACACAGCCUCUCGUGACAUCACAAUAUAUAAACACAAGUUAAAAUAUAUACUUUUAAUGCGUUAAUCCUUUUGAUGUGUGUUAAAGAGUAGUAGUUUUACAGCAUUUAAAAAUGUGUGAUGGUCUCUGACGGUUCUUACAGUAUCCCUCAUCUCUCAUUUCUGGUUUUGUGUCCGGGCAAUUUUAAGUUAAGCGUAGGCCAGCAACUAGUUAACUUUCUCAGUCAAAAAAGUGAUUAAUUGAUCAUAACCCUUAAGAAAAAAGAUUGCAGUCAGAGUGCAGUAUAACUGCAGUAUGCUGCAGAUACUGCGUCCAAAAUACCACAGUCGACUGCAGUUACUGCACUUUUACUGCAGUUUCAAAACUGCAAUCUUUUUUGAAUUUAUCGGAGGAACGACGGGACAACAAAAGCAUUGUCGUUGGGCCUGAUCCGUAAAUAUCAUGCAACAUAACCCCCAAUUUCCUUCUUUAUGUUCUUAAGAGUCACAGGGGUCCUCUUCUAUUGAAAACCACAGGCUGUCUCGGUGCCUUCCUAAGGUCAGCCUGAGUGAUGGGGAUAGGGGGAAACUGUGGACCACUUGGCCAGCCAGACCAUGGGCAAUGCCAAAAAGUUCCAUUGUCAAAAAUGUUACCUCAUUCUGCACAAUGGAUUUUUUAUGAGAGCACACUUCACAUGCAGAAUUGUAUGACUUUUAGAGUUGCCAGCGUGGGCACUUUCUGAAGGUGACUGAAGGGAUGUAGGCUAGAACAAACCCCUAGUGCAGUGAGGUGAAGCCUAAAGCCUGGUCCUGAGCCACAACAUUGCAGAUGGUGACACAUUGCUGUAGCCUAACCAGGAUUGGGCAUAUUGUGGGCUAGUCAUGAUAGGCUACUAGAUGCCUUCCUCUUCAAUGGAUGAUCCAUAAUUCGCUGAGGAGCUAUCACAGUAAGAGCUUACAGCUCAGCAAUAGUUUGAAGACUUGAAUUCUGUCUUUGAAGACAGUUGACCAUUUUAUCAUCUAUUCGCCUGGGUGAGAACUGGGUGAAGUUUGAGAGAAUGGGAGAGCAGAGGCUGAAAGACACAUUGUUGUUUCAGAACUGGGCGGUGCUCUCUCUCUGCCCCACCACUCGACUGACGUGCCCGAAGGAGGAUGUCCGACACCUGAUCCGUUCGGUCGCUCCAUGGACUAGGUAGGGAAGUACCAAAGUUAUCCAAUAAACAUACAAAUGCGAUUCAAUUAACGAAGGACUCGGCAGAAAAGUAGGAGUUUACAAUUAUAUCCCAGCGCAAUUGCGCGGAAUGCUGAUAAUGAUAUGAGUUUGAUUGUACGGGAUAAUUUGGAGCUCCAUGCUCAAUUGGCCAAUUGUCUGCAGAGCUGUUCGAAUUUGGUUUCCACGUUGUGAUAGGCACCGCGUUCUGGUUCAGAGGAAGGAUAGCCUACUCAUGCUUUCUGCAUGAAAACACCUGAAUACAAUAGCCUAUCCGAGAUGAUCAAACUCUUUUAUACCAAGUAUUCACGCCUUGCAUUUAGCAGAACUAUAUGCUCUCAACAUUGAGUGUAGGCUACCAUUGACUGUGAACUGUAAAAAUACUACAUGUUCCAAUGGAGCACAGGAAGCCAAUGGAGAUGGGCAGAACUCGUCCAAUACUUUUUCUACUAGUGCUGAUGUUGGUAGGGUUGGAUGGGGUCGACGGACUCCCGAACUGUGUAGAAGGAAAACGGUAAGUGGGCGGCUGCACAUGGAAAUUAUAAAAAAUGUAUAUUUAGGCGACUCAACAAGCCCAGUAUUUGCAUUAAUUUAUUGUGUUUUGGUAUCGUUUUUUUUUCCAGAAAAAAACUAGUGUUUUAAGUAGGCUACACUUACACAGGUACACAGGUUUGACCUCAUGUAUUUUUGUGCAUGUUUAUUUUUGCAUGAGUGAUUAAAUAGCCAACCAUACUAAUGCAUUGAUCAGUAUUACAAUAGAACAGGGGAAUAAAUGGGGAGAAAAAUAAAAUAAAGGAAGGAGUGGUGAGGGGGAGGGCUGGAAGGGUAUGCUUCUGCUCACAUAUGGGUGACAGAUAUUUUAGCAUAGCGAGAUGGAUAGAUGGAGAGGGACUGUCAUGGGAUGAGAGCAGAGGAGGAGGGUUCCACGUCUGUGUAGGAUUAAGUUGUGAUUUCUGUUCCCUUUUGCACUUGUGCCAAGUGUCUUUUCUUUUUUUCCUAGAGGAGGCCUUUUGCCAGGAAGCCUGAAAAAUGCAAUGACUUAACUUGACUUUAAUUUAUUGCUUUUAACUCAUAGUAGAAGAAAUAGUGGAAGAAAAGUGGAUAAAUAGAAUGAACAACUAACUAUUUUGUCUUCGGAGGGGAGUUGAAAUCCUUCCCCCAGUUGCAGAUUCCACAUGUUGUCGUCAUUGAAGGGAUUUUCAAAUCAAGUCAAAUUUUAUUUGUCACAUGCGCUGGAUACAACAGGUGUAGACCUUACAGUGAAAUGCUUACUUACAAGCCCUUAACCAACAAUGCAGUUUUAAGAAAGAAUGCCCCAAAAAAUACAAUAUAAAAUAAUACGAAAUAAAAGUCCUGUCUUGUUUCACAGGCUACUGCUAAUUUGUGCUUUGUUUCAGGCGCUGUAACAUUCUCUCUACUGCAACAUACUGACUGUGCAAAGCUUCUCUCUCGCUCACACACACACACACACACACACACACACACACUGUUUUCACCUCUCCAUGGUCAUGUCAUGCUCCUCUUGUCACCUCUAAUAAUCUCUCUCUCAAUUUAAAGGGCUUUAUUGGCAUGGGAAACAUAUGUUAACAUUGCCAAAGCCUUGUGAAAUAGAUCAUAAACAAACAAACAAUCUCUCUCUCUUUCUCUCCCCCUCCCUCCCUCUCUUUCAGGAAGCUGGUGGGCUGUCUGUGGAGUCCCUGAGCUCUGUGAAGCAUCAUCCUGUGACGGGAGCGGCACUGAGUCGCUCCAAACGUUACGCCAUCAACCCACUGGGCCACAAGUGGAAGCAUUUCAACCUCACCUACAAGUGAGACCCUGAAUCCCAAUUCAGACCCUUGUCCCUAUCCCCAAGGCACUUUUGGAGAUCUGAGAGGAUUCAGUGCCUUCAAAGUAUUCACAGCCAAUGUUCCCUCAAUUGUUUUUGGCACUGAGCAAAUUUCAGGUCUGCUGAGCGUAAACUUGAACGUUGUGUAAAUUCUGUGCAACUUCCAGCACGUGUUUACUGUGAACACUGAGGCUGUACCCGCUUUAAGUUACAGUUUUAACAGUGGUCAAGUAGGCGACUGUGGCUAUUUGAUCAUAAUGUAGGCCUACCAGAGUGGCCUAGCAUCAAAAACGAUGGAGAAAAUGCUUCCCAUAACAUUUUAACAUGGAAAUAGCUGUUCUAUCAGUCAGCCUACAGUAGCAGCCAAUGUGUGGUGUUCAAUGUAGGCCUACAUUCCAUGACACGUUUGAAAAAAACAUGCAGGGCUUGACAUUAACCUGUUUAUUCACUUGUCCUUCAGACAAGGAGGUGACUGAAAAUGUUGUUAUUUGACGCAAGAAACCACUUUACAAAAUAAAAUGCACUAUUAUUCUCAUACCAUUAUUACAGAGAAUCAGACAAAUUAUGCUACCCUCUGCCUAUUGGCUACUUAGCUUAUUCAAGCCUAUCUCAAAAUACAACACUGCCCCUUUAAGACAAAUAAAAAGCUCUUCACCUGACUCGAUUUUCAAAGAUGUCUAGAAAAUGUACACGUUUUGUGCUGUUGUAGGAAGCAAUCACUCCCCCAUUGCUGACUAUAAUUUACACUACAUGGCCUAAAGUAUGUGGACACCUGCUCGUCGAACAUCUCAUUCCAAAAUCAUGGGCAUUAAUAUAGAGUUGGUCCCCCCUUUGCUGCUAUAACAGCCUCCACUCUACUGGAAAGGCUUUCCACUAGAUGUUGGAACAUUGCUGCGGGGACUUGCUUCCAUUCAGCCACGAGCAUUAGUGAGGUCAGGCACUGAUGUUGGGCGAUUAGGCCUGGCUCGCAGUCGGCGUUCCAAUUCAUCCCAAAGGUGUUCGAUGGGGUUGAGGUCAGGGCUCUGUGCAGGCCAGUCAAGUUCUUCCACACCGAUCUCGACAUACCAUUUCUAUAUGGACCUCGCUUUGUGUACGGGAGCAUUGUCAUACUGAAACAGGAAAGUGCCUUCCCCAUACUGUUGCCACAAAUUUGGAAGCACAGAAUCAUCUAGAAUGUCAUUGUAUGCUGUAGCGUUAAGAUCUCCCUUCACCGGAACUAAGGGGCCUAGCCCGAACCAUGAAAAACAGCCCCAGACCAUUAUUCCUCCUCCACCAAACUUUACAGUUGGCACUACGCAUUGGGGCAGGUAGUGCACUCCUGGCAUCCGCCAAACCCAGAUUCUUCCGUCGGACUGCCAGAUGGUGAAGCCUGAUUCAUCACUCCAGAGAAUGCAUUUCCACUGCUCCAGAGUCCAAUGGCGGCGAGCUUUACACCACUCCAGCCGACGCUUGGCAUUGCACAUGGUGAUCUUAGGCUUGUGUGUGGGUGCUUGGCCAUGGAAACCCAUUUCAUGAAGCUCCCGACGAACAAUUAUUGUGCUGACGUUGCUUCCAGAGGCAGUUUGGAACUCGGUGUUGAGUGUUGCAACCGAGGACAGACGAUUUUUACACGCUUCAGCACUCGGCAGUCCCGUUCUAUGAGCUUGUGUGGCCUACCACUUCGCGGCUGAGUAGUUGUUGCUCCUAGAUGUUUCCACUUCACAAUAAGAUCACGUACAGUUGACUGGGGCAGCUCUAGCAGGGCAGACAUUUGACGAACUGACUUGUUGGAAAGGUGGCAUCCUAUGACGGUGCCACAUUGAAAUUCACUGAAAUUCUCUUCAGUAAGUCCAUUCUACUGCCAAUGUUUGUCUAUGGAGAUUACAUGGCUGUGUGCUAGAUUUUAUACACCUGUCAGCAACUGGUGUGGCUGAAGUAGCCGAAUCCACUAAUUUGAAGGGGUUUCCACAUACUUUUGUAUAUAUAGUGUAUCUAUAACUGGGCGUCUACUCACAACCACUCAUGCUGUAAACACAGUCCAGUUCAAAGAGAAUGCACAGACACAUAUAUGGCAAUGGUCUAUUUGCAUAUAGGCCUACUGCAGCUCUUAUUGGUGCUGAAUUGUACUCCGAUGCGUUCUGCCUACAGCAAAAUCUCUUGCAUAGUUAAUUUAGUUUCGGUAUGUUGCAUUGAAAGUGGCUAAUAUUGCAUUGAUUUGAUCACAAUUCCCACAGUAAAGGGAAACGUUCAUAGUGUUAACUAAGGGGGAAAACUGUAGGAAGUUGAGUGAAGUUCAAUUUCAUGCUUCCCUGCGCAGGCUGAUAUUUCUUCUGCUUGGCAGUCCCGGAUGAGCUGCGCGCCCGCGCGCAGUUUAGAAGGAACAUUGUUCACACCCCUUGACUUUUUAAUAUUUUGGUGUGUUACAGCCUGAAUUAAAAAUGUAUUAAAUUGAGAUUUUGUGUCACUGGCGUAACACACAAUACCCCAUAAUGUCAAAGUGGAAUUAUGUUUUUAGAAUUGGUUUACAAGUUCAUUAAAAUUGAAAAGCUGUAAUGUCUUGAGUCAAUUUAAACCCUUUGUUUAUGGCAUGCCUUAAUAAUGUCAGGAGUAAUCAUUUGCUUAACAAGUCAAAUAAUAAGUUGCAUGGACUCACUCUGUGUGCAAUAAUAGUGUUUAACAUUAUUUUUUAAUGACUAGCUCAUCUCUGUACCCCACACAUACAAUUAUCUGUAAGGUCCCUCAGUCGAGCAGCGAAUUUCAAACACAGAUUCAACCACAAAGACCAGGGAGGUUUUCCCAUGCCCCGCAAAGAAGGGCACCUAUUGGUAGAUUGGUCAAAAUAAAAAAAGCAGACAUUGAAUAUCCCUUUCAGCAUAGUAAAGUUAUUAAUUACACUUUGGAUGGUGUAUAAAUACACCCAGUCACCACAAAGAUGCAGGCGUCCUUCCUAACUCAGUUGCCGGAGAGGAAGGAAACCAUAAUAUUAACCUAAAUACAGAAUAUAAAUAUUCCAAAACAUGCAAUAAGGCACUAAAAUAAAACUGCAAGAAAUGUGCUAAAUAAACUAACUUUAUGUCCAGAAUACAAAGUGUUAUGUUUGGGGCAAAUCCAACACAGCACAUCAUUGAGUACCACUCUUCAUUUCUUUCAAGCAUGGUGGUGGCUGCAUCAUGUUGCGGAUAUGCUUGUCAUCGGCAAGGACUAGGGAGUUUUUUUAGGCAAAAAGAAACGGAAUAGAGCUUAGCACAGGCAAAAUUCUAGAGGAAAACCUGGUUGAGUCUGCUUUCCAACAUAGACUGGGAGACAAAUUCCCCUUUCAGCAGGACAAUAACCUAACACACAACGCCAAAUAUACAAUGAUCAACAACCAACUUGACAGAGCUUGAAGAAUUUUAAAAAUAAUAAUGUGCAAUCCAGGUGUGCAAAGCUCUUAGAGACUUACCCAGAAAGACUCACAGCUGUAAUCACAGCCAAAGGUGAUUCUAACAUGUAUUGAAUCAGGGGUGUGAAUACUUAUGUAAAUGUGAUAUUUCUGUAUUUCAUUUUCACUGAAUUAGCAAAACAAUUUUUUCUAAAAAUAUGUUUUCACUUUGUUAUUAUGGGGUAUUAUGUGUAAAUGGUUGAGAACAAAAAUCUAUUUAAUCCUUUUUGAAUUCAGGCUGUAACAUAACAAAAUGUGGAAUACGUCAAGGGGUAUGAAUACUUUCUUAAGGCACUGUAGAUUAGGAAUAUGGCAGCAAUUCCACCUAACCUAUCCAAUCCUCUCUUCAGCGAGCCCAAAUCCCCUGACAGCACAGGGCUAUAUGUUAUACCUAACAGUAGUUAUUUUCAUACGUUCCCUUUCAGUCGGUCACUCGAUAUAACAUACUAUGGGAACAUACAAUCACGCCCCAAGCUGGCUGGGCUCCCUGCCUGUGCCAUUAAACCCCUACAACUCAUCCAGAAUGCCGCAGCCCGUCUGGUGUUCAACCUUCCCAAGUUCUCUCACGUCACCCCCCUCCUCCGCACACUCCACUGGCUUCCAAUUGAAGCUCGCAUCCGCUACAAGACCAUGGUGCUUGCCUUUGGAGCAGUGAGGGGAACGGCACCCCUGUACCUUCAGGCUCUGAUCAGUCCCUACACCCAAACGAGGACAUUGCGUUCAUCCACCUCUGGCCUGCUGGCUCCCCUUCCUCUGCGGAAGCACAGCUCCCGCUCAGCCCAGUCAAAACUGUUCGCUGCUCUGGCACCCCAAUGGUGGAACAAGCUCCCUCAAGACGCCAGGACAGCGGAGUCACUCACCACCUUCCGGAGACAUUUGAAACCCCACCUCUUUAAGGAAUACCUGGGAUAGGCUAAAGUAUUCCUUCCAACCCCCCCCCCCCCCCCCCCCAAAUUGUAAAGUGGUUAUCCCACUGGCUAUAGGGUGAACGCACCAAUUUGUGAGUCGCUCUGGCUAAGAGCGUCUGCUAAAUGACGUUAAUGUGCCCUUGAGCAAGGCACUUAACCCUAAUUGCUCCUGUAAGUCGCUCUGGUUAAGAGCGUCUGCUAAAUGACUAAAAUGUAAAUGUAAAUAGGGUACCAGAAUAGGAGGCUCACGGCAGCCCAAGCACACACAGGUUCUACCGGUUCCAAAAAGCGGCUACAGAUGCCACCUUUUUCCCUAAUACCCGAGAAGCCUGAACUGUCAGAGCCCCAUCUAGGGAAACAGAACCUGCUGCAACUUGGCUAUGCGCACUGACACGCUGCCACUGCAGCCCAAGUCCAUAGACCCCAUGGUUCCAAGAACAAUACAUACCUUGCGAGCCUGAAAUGUCAGAACUCGUUCAAGGAACUGCAAGUUCAAAACAACAGAACACCUGUUGUGACUUGGUAAAGCGCACACUCACGCUGCAUAGCAUCAACCAGAGUCGAUGAACCACGGUAGCCCGAGGCUCAAACCCACAGGAAACUGUGGUAACCUUGAUAAUGCACACUUUACGCACUGCCAUACCCCAAGGCAGCCCAUGGCUCAAACCACAGGGAAUUGUGGUAAGCCGUAUAAAUGCGCAACCUGCGCGCUGCCAACACCCACUCCCGGACCCAACCAUAAGAACACUAUGAACCACACUAGGAGAAGUUGCAUCCACGUGUUAAAAUCUCACAAGGGUAUGUCGGGAACCCUAACUCGCUGAAGCACAGAUAUCACCAAUCAUCAUGCCCCUGAACAAUGCCCAAGCAGCCGCCACACCCCUAGUGGAGUGAGCAUGCACACCGCUAGGCAACUCUUGUCCUUGUCGAAAGUCCGGGACCUGUAAGACAUAGGCAUAACCUUGGGAGCAAAAGCUGCAUUAGGACGUAACAUCACUUUGGAAUCGGCAGGAACGGUGUCCAGGAUGCGACACAACGUUCCAUCGCUCCUAAGUCGGAGCCGAAUCUCGUAGUCUUUGUGUGCUUGAAACGUUUGUCAUUUACGUGACACGUUCUACCUUCAGGUGAGCUGGAAAGAGAAGAAUUGAGGAAAUGGAUGCGAACCCCGGUAUUAUAGUCAGGAAGGCAGGGUUUCCGGGGGCUGGCUCAGCAUCCAUUGGCCCGUUGGGCGAUUUCAGUUUUUUUCAGGUGAACAUGGUUGGUCGUAGGACUCCCCAUAAUAUAUUAUAUACCGAGUGAUCGACUGAAAGGGAACAGCACUGUGUUUUGGGGAAUCCAAGUUUGUCACAUUGUCUGUCACUUUCCUGUCUAUACUUGUGUCUGUCUUUCUCUGUCUAUGUCUGUCUGUUUGUCUGCGUGUCCGUUCAUGUCUGUCAGGAUCGUGAACUUUCCCAACACGCUGAAUAAAGACGACACCCGCAAGGCCAUCAGCAUUGCGUUCUCCAAGUGGAGCGACGUGUCCCCUCUCUUCUUUGCCGAAAUCACAAACCCCAACAAGAGUGCUGACAUUGUCAUCGGUGAGACCACAUAAUUCAAUAGAACCUUAUUGUAUCACUAUGGGUGAGACAUUAAGUUAAGGGUGUGUGUGUGUGUGUGUGUGUGUGUGUGUGUGUAUCUCAAUAUUUGUUAAAACUGUUUAAUACCCCCUGCUUUAAGUGUGUGUGUGUGUGUGUGUGUGUGUGUGUGUGUGUGUGUGUGUGUGUGUGUGCGUGCAUGUGCACAUGUUUCCAGGCUUCUACACGUGGAACCACACAGAUUGCUGGUGGUCUCCAUUGCAUCCCUGUUUUGAUGGGCUAAACGGGGAGUUGGCCCAUGCCUUCCUGCCCCCACGCGGGGAGAUACACUUUGACUCCGAGCAUGUGCUGACCAACUGGCAAGUGUCUUCACUGACAUUUUCAACAUGUCCCUGACUGAGUCUGUAAUACCAACAUGUUUCAAGCAGACCACCAUAGUCCAUGUGCCCAAGGACACUAAGAUAACCUGCCUAAAUGACUACCGACCCGUAGCACUGAUGUCUGUAGCCAUGAAGUGCUUUGAAAGGCUGGUCAUGGCUCACAUCAACACCAUUAUCCCAGAAACCCUAGACCCACUCCAAUUUGCAUACUGCCCCAACAGAUGCACAGAUGAUGCAAUCUCUAUUGCACUCCACACUGCCCUUUCCCACCUGGACAAGAUGAACACCUACGUGAGAAUGCUAUUCAUUGACUACAGCUCAGCGUUCAACACCAUAGUGCCCUCAAAGCGCAUCACUAAGCUAAGGAUCCUGGGACUAAACACCUCCCUCUGCAACUGGAUCCUGGACUUCCUGACGGACCGCCCCCAGGUGAUAAGGGUAGGUAACAACACAUCUGUACUCCCUGUUCACCCAUGACUGCAUGGCCAGGCACGACUCCAACACCAUCAUUAAGUUUGCCGAUGACACAACAGUGGUAGGCCUGAUCACCGACAACAGUGGUAGGCCUGAUCACCGACAACGAUGAGACAGCCUAUAGGGAGGAGGUCAGAGACCUGGCCGUGUGGUGCCAGGAUAACAACCUCUCCCUCAACGUGACCAGGACAAAGGAGAUGAUUGUGGACUACAGGAAAAAAAAGAGGACUGAGCACGCCCCCAUUCUCAUCGACGGGGCUGUAGUGGAACAGGUUGAGAGCUUCAAGUUCCUUGGUGUCCACAUCACCAACGAACUAUCAUGGUCCAAACACACCAAGACAGUCGUGGCAAAGGCACAACAAAGCCUAUUCCCCCUCAGGAGACUGAAAGAUUUGGCAUGGGUCCUCAGAUCCUCAAAAAGUUAUACAGCUGCACCAUCGAGAGCAUCCUGACUGGUUGCAUCACCGCCUGGUAUGGCAACUGCUCGGCCUCCGACCGCAAGGCACUACAGAGGGUAGUGCGUACGGCCCAGUACAUCACUGGGGCCAAGCUUCCUGCCAUCCAGGACCUGUAUACCAGGCGGUGUCAGAGGAAGGCCCUAAAAAUUGUCAAAGACUCCAGCCACUCUAGUCAUAGACUGUUCUCUCUGCUACCGCACGGCAAGCGGUACCGGAGCGCCAAGUCUAGGUCCAAAAGGCUUCUCAACAGCUUCUACCCCCAAGCCAUAAGACUCCUGAACAGCUAAUCAUGGCUACCCGGACUAUUUGCACCCCCACCCCAUCUUUUUAUGCUGCUGCUACUCUGUUAAUUAUUUAUGCAUAGUCACUUUAACUCUACCCACAUGUACAUAUUACCUCAACUACCUCAACUAGCCGGGUACCCCCGCACAUUGACUCUGCACCGGUACCCCCCUGUAUAUAUAGCCUCCCUACUAUUAUUUUAUUUUACUUCUGCUCUUUUUUUCUCAACACUUUUUUGUUGUUGUUGUUUUAUUUUACUUUUUUAUUAAGAAAUAAAUGCAUUGUUGGUUAAGGGCUGUAAGUAAGCAUUUCACGGUAAUGUCUACACCUGUUGUAUUCGGCGCAUGUGGCAAAUAAGAUUUGAUUUGACAACCACAAGUUAUGGAUCCUGGGGAAGUCCCUCUUCAGCUGGAAACAAGGUGCAAAGAAUCUCUACUCUGUCUGUCUGUGCUCCGAUUCUCUACCCUUCGUUCACUUUCCCCCACCCAUGGAUUUCAAAGGAAUCGAUUGACGUCUAUGAUAUCAUUUUAGACAUUUUUAUCAGAUGUAAUCUUGAUGUUGUCUUGAAAAAAACUCUGGUUUACCUGGUUCUAACAGAGACCAGUUCGUUAUAAUCUGGUUGACGUAUCCUCAACCAGAAAACCAGUUUACAACCAGAGAAUGACAUCAUUAAGUUGUUAUUUUCCACAUUUUGCCUGCUGGGUAGGUGCACUUGAUAAUGUGUAUGUCAAACAUACUUCCGUUAUCCCCCUUGUCCUUUUUUGGGGCGAAACAUUUUAUUUAUUGGUUUUCACAACAUUAAAUAUUUUAUGUGGCAUUCAAUAAUUACAUUUUACAAGCACAGCAAAUAACAAAAACAAACAAACAAACAAAAACAAAAAACAUACAGCAUAUUGAUUGAUACAUCACACAUAUACACUACCAGUCAAAAGUUUGGACACACCUACUCAUUCAAUGGUUUUUCUUUAUUUGUACUAUUUUCUACAUUGUAGAAUAAUAUUGAAGACAUCAAAACUAUGAAAUAACACAUAUGGAAUCAUGUAGUAAACAAAAAAGUGUUAAACAAAUCAAAAUAUAUUUUAUAUGAAUCAAAAUAUAUUUUAUAUUUGAGAUGCUUCAAAGCAGCCACCCUUUGCCUUGAUGACAGCUUUGCACACUCUUGGCACUUUUUUGGUUACUACAUGAUUCCAUAUGUGUUAUUUCAUAGUUUUGAUGUCUUCACUAUUAUUCUACAAUGUAAAAAUUAGGAAAAACCCUUGAAUGAGUAGGUGUGUCCAAACUUUUGACUGGUAGUGUAUAUAUAUAUAUAUAUAUAUAAUUUUUUUAUCAGGACAAAUCUGAUGGGGCACGUGCCCUUAUGGCAUAGAUUCUACAAGUGUCUGGAACUCUAUUGGAGGGAUGCGACAACAUUCUUCCACGAGAAAUUCCAUCAUUUUAUGUUUUGUUGAUGUUGGAAAACGCUGUCUCAGCCGCCGCUUCAGAAUCUCCCAUAAGUUUUCAAAUGGGUUGAAAUCUGGUGACUGUGAGAUGCGCACACACACACACACACACACACACACACACACACACUUUAAACCCCCUAUGCUCCAUUGAGACCCCUCUUUCAAAGUCACUGAGCUCUCCUGUUCUAGCCAUCGUACCCAAAAUAAUGGGCAACUGGGCAUUUAAAUACAUGACCCUAAGCAUGAUGGGAUAUUAAUUACUUAAUUAACUCUGAAAACCAAACCUGUGUGGAAGCACCUGCUUUCAAUAUACCUUGAUCCCUCAUUUACUCAAGUGUUUCCUUUAUUUUGGCAGUUACCUUUAAGUUACCUUUAUAUACCAACACACAAUUCUAGAAUCUAGAUGUUACCUCAAAUCACACACCAGACACACAACACUGAUCAAUCACGUGUAUAAUGACUAUGUAUUCUAUCCAGGGAUCCAAAUCCCCUUUGUUAUUUGAUAUAAUUUGUGUACGUGCGUAAUUGUUUCUGUUCCUUUCCCCAGGUGUGUGGUUGAAUGACCUGGUGGAGGUGUACUGUGGCACUCCCGUGACCCCCAGGCCCCUGAUGCACUCCAAUGCCACCUACACGGGCCAGAGGGACAUUGCCCAGGACGACAUCUGGGGAAUCCAGCGCCUCUAUGGUAAAGGAACACACAGAUCAAUCAUAUGUUUUUUUGUUUGUUUGCAAUUAUAAAUUAAGACUUUAUAUAUAUAUAUAUUUUGUAUACAUGUAUUGUAAUGAUGUCAUUUCUAACAGUGUAUUAAAAUGGUCUUAACAUUGUAUUAACAUACUCUAUUCCACCAAUUCCCACUCAACUCAUUGUGCAAUUACAACACGAUAGCAAUACAAUUACUACAGUACUAUGUAACAUGUUAAUACAAUGUUAUUGAUACACAAGUAAUUCGUUUUAUUACACAGGUAUAAAACAUAACACUAAGAAAAUGCUAAGAGCAACCAUGAAUGUCUAUAUGUGUGUUGUAUUCCAGGAUGCAUGGACAAGAAGCGCGUGUGUGAUCCAUGGGCUCGCCUUGGCUUCUGCGAGAGGAGGAAGAGCUUCAUGAAGAAACACUGUGCCCGCCACUGUGACCUCUGCUAUGGUCAGACAGACAUAUUGUCCACUCUUCAUUGGACAUAAAUUUAACUACAACGCAGUUCACCAGUUGGAAUUUAAAUUGAAUUUAAAGUUCCAAUCUCCAUAUACACUAUCUACAUGAGAUCCCAUGAAUGGCAUGCAUUUAGGACUGUCUUAAGCCAGCAAAUGGAUCAGGACUUGAUAGUUAAAUGUGGAUCUAGCCUGGUUUUGCUAGAUUAGAUUUUGGACGUUUUAACACAAACUGGCUGCCUGGUAGAUGGCUUUCCUUUGAAUUACUGUUGAUUAUCUCUCCAAAUCAGAUGUGUGAUUAUGGACCUGUCUGGCGCUUUGAAUAACAGCAUUUGCGAAACGGAUAACUAAAAUGCUAUGUUGCCAACAUUCAGGCUUUCCCAACUCUGUGUCCUGUAUCCUCCCUUGUCCUACUGUACUGAUAUCACCUCUGUGGCAUAUGUUUUAUCCCCAAUAGACUCGAAUUUAAAAUCUUUACACGAUUCCUCGCAUCCUAUCUUCUCUCCUUUUUCUCAACCGAGGAAUUGAGGAAAGAUUAAUUGAGAAAAAGCCAUAGAGGAAUAUUAGGCCUAUCUUGUGGGGGAAGUAUUAUAACUGUCCUGGUACUUCACUCACUUCCUGUAGAGCCUCUUGAGGAUGUUACCACGCUAAGUCCACCGCCUGCCAACGUCAAGAUCAAGAUGGUUCCUCGUGGAAAGGUUGUGGGCUUCCGCUGUGGGACGAAGAAUCCUAGAUCGCCUCCCAAAGUCAGGUGAGAGAAUAGUCUAAAUACAGUAAUGUACAAAUCCUAUUUUUGGUGUUUAUUGGACAGGAUAGAGCUAGGUAGAUAGGAGGAGAGAGGGUGCUAGAGCAGUGGGUUGGAUUCGAACCAAUGCACACAAUACAUGUGAUCCAAAGGCAGGUGCUUAGACCGCGUCACAACCUCUGACCACUAUAUAAUUAAUGGUCAGAUUCUCCCAUUGUUUUAUCAGGUCUUUUUAUGGGAGCAUUUAAACAGCAUGCAGGUAGUUUUUUCUUCUUUUACUAUGAUUAUGUUUCUGGCAAAGGUUGUUGGACGUACAUACAUGACAUUUCAAUGAUUGGGUUCUCUCUCCCUGUGCUCUUCCCUGGCAUGACCUUUGACCUUGCUCCAGCUGGUACAAGGAUGGAGAGCAGCUCCUGCUCUCUAUCCCCGGCUACAUCAUCAUGAAGGACCGCGACCUCCGCAUCGUCGCCAACGAGUUUAACGAGGGCACUUAUACCUGUCGCAUCCAUCGUAGCGGCAACGUGGUCUCUGCAAACUCCUGGGCUAUCCGCCUGAAGCCUGAACAGCCCUCCAACAGC